AUGGAAAAUCCAUUUCUCACCUUAACUCGAUCCGAAAGAGCCAACCUAUUUCGAAAAAUCAUUGAUGCCGAGUCUCCCUUAUCUCCUGAAGCUACCGAUAAGGUUCUUGCAACAAUUAAAUCAGAUGGGUUUCUACUGGAAGGGCUCACGGACAAAGAACAGAGGCAAAUGCUUGCUCUAGCUCGCCAUAUCUCAGCCACACCUUGGCUGUUUCCACUUGUGUUAGCCGCUGUCCCAGAUUCCACUCUUCCCGGUCCAGCGUCUCUUGCCUCAUCUCAGACAGUGGUACUCCCUGCCCUCUCUUCACCUUUAAACACAUCUAGAAAAAUUGAUUUUGAUGUAUCUUUGCCUGAUCAAUUUGUGUUUCCCAUAUCUCAUGAUGUUUUUGAUGUUCAAACUCUGCCUGUACCUGGUGAUCCUUAUGAUCCUUUGACUCACAAUUUACCUAGGGAAAAUGUUGAUUUAGUUGCUUUAUCUGACUUAGUAAAUUCUUUGCCAUCUGCGUUUUCCAUUCGAAAUGUUGCCCAACAUGUGUCUGUUCCAACUGUAUCUUGUUCGGCCUUUUCUAUCCCCGUUACUAUUGCUGCGUCUAAAAGUCACUCUGAUCCUGUACCCAUUCCUGUUUCAUCUACUCAAGAAUCGGUUCCCAUUAUCUCUGUUCCUAUUGCUAAAUCUUCCCGAAAGGGAAACGAGAAAAUCUCUGUUUCAGGUACUGCAGAAAAGAGAGGAUUGUCACAGUUGGAUGAUGUUGAAACUCAAACUGACCGUAAACUUCAACGGAUGAGUUCCACAUUGCCACCCAGAACCACUCGGUCAAGAGCCCAAGUUGACACACAUGUUGUUCCUACGCCAUCUGGCUCCAAAUCGAAAGGAUCAAGCAAGGUCUACAAACCGCAUCUUCUGUCUCCCGAUUUAUUUGCUGUUUGGAAAACUCAUGUCAACCGUGUUUUCAUCGUCGAAAAAUCCAUCAAUGAAGAGGAUUUGGCUGCCAAGUGCAAUAUUAUCCCGUUGUUACGUGAUCAAAAUUUGCUUGCCUCUCUACGCCAUAUUGGUCCCUACUCCACAUGGUUGACAGCAGAAUUUUACACAAAUUUGACCUUGGACACAUUCACUGAAGGCUCAGCACGAUUUCAUCAGGUUUUCAUUCGUGGCACUUGGUAUCCUUUCGGGCCUACUGAGAUUAAUGCAUAUUUGGGCACACCAAAUCAUCCUGCUUCUCCGGAUCCUAAUCCUCACUUGUUGGCAACUGCACUCACUCAUAAUAAAGUGGUUUCAUGGGCGAGUGAUGGAAUUUCAAGCUUGAAGCUCACAACUGUCUACUCCGUGCUUCUUCGCCUUGCAUCGGCAAAUUGGGUCCCGGCAGUCCGUCGCCACCAAGUACCAGAACAUCUAGCUGGCCUUCUAUACAAAAUCAGGAACCAUCUUCCGUUCAACCUCGGCAUGGUUAUUUUCUCUCACUUAAUGUCUUUUUUGCAGAAGAAAGAAGCCAAAGUCCAUCUCCCAUAUCCGUGUUUGAUUUAUGCGGUGCUUCAGGAUCAUGGUUUUAAGCCCUAUAAGGAAGAAGUGAUUACAACUCCUGACAAUGCUUACAUUUUUUAUGAUCGACUUACACAACGGGGCCAUUAUGAUGAUCGAGCUUCACUUGAUCAGCUUCCUGCUAUUCCACCUCCAGCGCCACUGGUUUCUGCGCCAGCUUCAUCUACUGACACUGCGUCAGCUUCUCGUCCAGGCUCAAGACUGGUUCCCAAAGAGCCCCCAACAUUGGUUGAUCGUAGGCAGAUUGUGCUCACUCUUGAGGCCUCUGUUGCACAAGUUCAACAGUCAGUCACCUCUCAACAAGCCACCAUCUCUGGCCUUGCAAAGCUUCGUGAUGCACAGCUCGAAGAAAUCACUCGCAUGGAAGCUAUUCACGCUCGGGUUUUAGCUGACACUGGAGCUGCUUCCUCGGAUUCUGACUCUGAAGAUGAAGAAGAUGAUUCAGACUCGGGCACCCGUCUGCACGGUAACUCUAAUCCACUAUUUGAUGUUCACCUUCCUUUGUCAUUUAUUUGGCAAAAGGGGGAGUAA